AUAGUGGUAGUCAUUGGAGAUUGCAAUUAAUUGCGCCACGUGCAAUUUGAUCAACUAAUUAUUUGCAUUGUCUGACAAAAAUGGCAGAAGUAAACAAGAAAAAACGGACAGAUAAACAGAAUUUGCAUCGAUCCCGACAAUUAAAUCCCUGCGAUAUACUCUAUUGGAAAAGUCGGGGAUUUUCCGAAAGGCCGCAUGAUUGGCAAGCUAGAGUUUAUGGAGUGAAUAAAUACCACCAUCAUGAAGAAUAUCAUUUUCAAGGUAAUGGGUGGAAAAUGACUCGUUGGGACAAUCGAAGCUGCGUGCCAGGUACUCUCUCCAGGGCUAUCACUCAACAUUAUCGUCAUGGAGGCGUGUUCGUUUACAAUGUUUACAUAUAUAAUUUUCGUAAUUAGUAGUCUUGCUUUUGUGUCACAGGAUGCAGUCAGGGCCAUAAGUAAUGCCGUUCGAAUUUCUCAAGUAUGAGACAAGCAAUAAUGAUGUGAGCUUAUUUAGUAUCUAACUUGGACUCUUCCCCAUUUAGAAAUUAGGUAACCUGAAAUGUUACUUGGGGUCUGAUAUCUUGGUUAUCGGGUACUAUAGUGGAAUAUUGCCUUUGAGCCUGACUACAUACUU